AUGCCAGGCUACCCGCCGCUGCUCCGUGUCCGCACCUCCGAGCUGGCGCGCCUCCGUCUGUCGGACUCCCGGCUGGCUCUGCAGAUCCAGUGUUACCAGUGUGAGAUGACGCACGACUGCUCCACGCCAGAGUUCAUCGUCAACUGCACCGUGAACGUGCAGGACAUGUGCCAGAAGGAGGUCCUGGUGAAGGAGGACGGUGUGCACUACCGAAAGUCCUGUGCCUCAUCUGGAGCUUGUCUUAUCGCAUCUUCUGGUUACCAGCAGUUCUGCACCGGGAAGCUCAACUCGGUCUGCAUCAGCUGCUGUAACACACCGCUGUGUAACGGACCACGCCAGAAGAAGCGACCCCAGCUAUCUGCUGCCAUCACUCUUAACACGCCACGGCUUCCUGUGCUUUCCUUCAACAUCAUCAUCCUACUUUCCUCUAUCCUGUGCUGACAGAACUUUCCUAAGAUGUGCGUUGAAACAAACUGAAACUGUACAAGCUCUGCCAUACAUGCUUUGAAAUGUAUACAAGAGAAGGCUUUUUACAGCAUUUGUUCUUGAGUCCCGGCUUUCUGUUGCAACAAAAACGACACAAUAGUGAACAAAGUUAUCGCCAUGUGUCAUGUCGUGAAUAUGGGUAAGAUGUGGUGGAUAAAACGGCUUCCAGCAGAGGGUUCAUGAACGUCUGCAAGGUGGAAAAAGGCAAACAGCAAAGAUAGCAUGUGUAAUUUCCAGAAUAAAUCUCUUAUUUCUGCUCUAUGCUCUAUGAAUAGGAAAAAACACGUUUUGCAGUGUAUUCACCAACUGAAACAAAACAUGUAUCACAUCUCCCAAAUGAACAUGACUUAUUUAACCUCUUGGCAUCUACCAUGUUGUUAACAAACGACUUAGAGGUGCGAUUAGAAUUGGGUUGGAGAAGAGGCUGUUACCUUUAAAAUCAGUUCUUUUUAUGGGGUUUUUGCCUUUAUGUUCUGUUAAUUUGGUAUAAUUUGAACUAAACAGGUUCUGAUUCCACAUAAAGUUCACUAGUGACCUUUUGGCAUUGAGAGGCUAUUGGUAAAUUAAAUGAUAAACAAAUAUAAAAUAAUAGAAAAACAUUUUUUUUAAUUUUAACAACCAUUUCAGCCUCUUAGCAGGUGUUUUACAGUGUUUGGCCAAACAGAAAUUUGAUAAACACUUUUGAAGAAGGCACAAAUUUGCCGUGGCAUCGUUUCAAUUAACAUUUAUUUCCUUCCAGAUUUUCAUUAAUCAUUUUUCCAAGAUCUUGUAUUGAUGAUGGCAGAAUCACUGAAGUCCUCUCCAGCAUAUCCCAAAGAUUCUCAGUGGUUUAAGAUCUGGAUUCUGUAGUGGUCAAUCCAUCUGCGAAAAUGAUGUCUCAUACUCCCUGAACCACUCGUUAAUUUCCUUAAGCCUACACAGCUCUUUGGUCCUACUCCCUUGAGUACUCUGGGGGUGGAAUGCUCUGACUUCACAGAACAUUUACCUGAUUGCUGAUCAUGAUCUUUUCCAGCCACAUUUCUUCAUUGGAGAUGACAGUUCACCACUGUGCUCCAAGGUUUUGUUUUGUUUGUUGUUGGGGGUUAUUUUUAACACAUUGGACAAUACUUAGCUUAUUUGACUCUUAUACUUAGCAUUUGACCCUUUUGAAACUGAGUAACAUUAUUUCCACAACCACGGGAUCUGUCCCCAGAUGAGGUUGGUUAAGAAAACAGAAGCUACUGGCUCCAGUUAGGGUUGUAACUGUAACUGUUGCUGUACUAAUUUUCCUAUUUGCUUAGUCAAGUGGCUUUUUGUUGGCCAGGUAAAAUAAGACCAUUAUGCAGAAAGUAUGUAGUAAUAAGGGUUGCUGAACUUGUGACUGACCAGGACAAUAAGAAUAAGACUUCAAAGAGCUGGAGAGGUCAUAUAAAUCUUCUCAACACAGCAAGCCUUGACUCCGCUUAAACGUUCGCUGUACCUGAAAUUUGUUCCCAUGUUGAGUUUAUUUUAAAGAUUGAGAUGAGCAGUCACUAUGUGGGAAACAUCUAUGUGCAAACUAAUGAUACAACAAUAAAAUCUGCAAAUAUUUACUUUGAAUUUAAGCAGAAAAAAGUAAUUACUUGAUUUAAAUUUACUUUAUAAAUUUAAAUACUGCACAGCUAUGAUGAAGCUCAGGGUUCCACCUGAGGAUGGCUGCUCUUUAACAAAUGGUUUCAACUUUAAAACUGUGACUCUGUUUUUGACCACUGUGUGACGUAUACAGAGUGAUUAAUGCUGUUUUUGUGUUGGUAAUAAUGAAUUAGUUUUCAAUAAUGAAUGAGGUUAUUUAAAUGCGCACACCCCUCUCUUUUUGGGGAUGCUCGUAUGAAUCCUGCUGCUUUAGGUCAGUGGUUUUCAGACCUGUUCUGGCAUGCCCCAUACCCCACAAAUUUUACAACCCUCAACAUUUUUAUCUGAAUAAGUAUAUUAUGUAAAUAAAGGUAAACAUAGCAUUAGCAUACUCUUAAUUCCAAUUAGUUUCAUUUUGUAUUUUCCCCUGGUUCUACAUCCCACAGUUUGAGAACCACUGCUUUAGGCAAAGGUGCAAAUAUCUGAUACCUUUUAAAGACUUCUCAAAUAGCUGCAAGCAACAAACACAACUUCAGAUCCUCGGGAUUCUCAGCAGUAAUGUCCUGACCGAAUACUCCUGAUGUUUCAUGUAUGAAAACCUCUUAGCUAGUUUAGGCCUCUAAAUGAAACAAAGUAAAAAAGAUGAGACACAAAGAUGGAUGCAGCCACUGUGAUGUGACCAGUUGGACUGCAUAUGACCCAGUGUAUAUUUCUUUUUGGCUUUAAUUUUACUGUAACUUACAAAUUAAAAAUAUUUUAUAUUCAGUAUGACUUAAAAGUAGCCACUGAGGUCAUACUGUCAUCAGGAAAUCGUUUUUUACUGAGGUCAUAGAUCAGAGGUCAGAAACCUGUGGCUGUUUUGCCCGUGUCCAGUGCCUCCCUCUGGGUUUGAUAAAAAAUUAAUCUGUAUAUGGAAAUAAAUAAAAUAAACACAAUGUGAUUGCUUUCACUACCAACAGAUCUUUUUACUUAAAAAAAAUCUGAUUUUCCUUCACUUCACAA